AUGUCGUCCAAGAACCCAGCUGGUACCGACGCGUCUCCGACUGCCGACGUCGACACCACGCCACACGUGCCAGACACGGCAGACACGAUCGAUCUACCUCGUGGAUGGAAGUAUCGACGAAUUCACCUCUUUGGAAAGAUUUUCCCCUGGUAUGCGUCUCCUCGGAUCCAGCUGGGCAUGGUCGCCUUUGUGUGCUUCAUGUGUCCUGGCAUGUUCAAUGCCUUGGGUGGCAUGGGAGGAGGUGGAAAGACGGACGCGACGCUGGCCGAUAACAUGAACACGGCCCUUUACGCGACAUUCGCCGUCUUUGGCUUCUUCGGAGGCACAUUUGUCAACAAGCUCGGAGUGAGGUGGACUCUGGCUUUUGGAGGUGUUGGCUAUGGUCUCUACGCCAUCAGUCUGCUCGUCUCGGAGCACAAGCAUGUUCCGGGCUUCAACAUCUUUGCUGGAGUUUGGCUGGGUAUCUGUGCUGCGCUUCUGUGGACGGCGCAGGGCACCAUCAUGAUCUCGUACCCGCACGAGAGCCAGAAGGGACAGUACUUUGCCUGGUUCUGGGGAAUCUUUAACAUGGGCGCUGUUAUUGGCAGCUUGAUCCCUCUCGGUGAGAACAUCAACGUCAAGGUGAACAAGACAGUCAGCGACGGCACUUAUAUUGGCUUCAUCGUUCUCAUGUUCUUUGGCGCUUGCCUGGCCCUCACUCUCUGCAACGCUGGCGACAUUGUCCGCAAGGAUGGCUCCCGCGUCAUCCUAAUGAAGAAUCCGACCUGGCAAAGUGAACUCAUUGGUCUCUAUGAGACACUCAAGUUUGAGCCUUUUGUCAUUCUCCUCUUCCCCAUGUUCUUCUCUUCCAACUGGUUCUACGUCUACCAGCAAAACGCGGUGAACGGUGCCUACUUCAACACCCGAACCAAGGCCCUCAACAGUCUGUUGUACUGGUUGUUCCAGAUUAUCGCCGCCGGCAUCUGGGGUUAUCUCCUCGAUGUCGAGAGCGUCAGGCGUACUAUUCGUGCAAAGGCUGCUCUUGUUGUCCUCUUCAUCCUUACUUUUGCCAUCUGGGGAGGCGGAUAUGCCUUUGAAAAGAAGUACACUCGCGCCAGCGUUGAUCCAGAGAAGGGCUAUACUGGCGCUGACUGGGAGGACUCGGGUUAUGUUGGGCCCAUGUUCUUGUACAUGUUUUAUGGCUUCUACGAUGCUUGCUGGCAAGCCAGUGUUUAUUGGUUCAUCGGCGCCCUCUCCAACUCUGGUCGUCGAUCUGCCAACUACGUUGGUUUCUACAAGGGCAUUCAGUCUGCUGGCUCGGCAAUCAUGAAUCACCUUGACGCGCGCAAGACCCCCUUCAAGACAGAGUUCAUCAGCAACUGGGUUCUGCUCUCCGUUUCUCUUGUGGUGGCUGCUCCCGUGAUUCUGCUCAAGAUCCGCGACCAUGUUGACACGGAGGAUGACCUCAAGGGAACAGACGAGACCCUUGCGGAUGUUUUGCCUGCGGGCCACCCUGAGAAGAGAGUCGAGGCAUGA